UGGUUCUGAAGUUGGACCAUGGCUAAAAAUUUAGGGCCUGUUUGAAACUUUAUAACCCUUCUUCAUGCUGCUUGCCUUUAGAAAUACUUCAACUAUUCUAUACUGACCAUGUACAAAUGAUGCAAAAGUAUUGAAAAUUAUAUUAUUGCAGGUAUUUCUUAGAAUCCUCCUUUUAUUGUUGCUUAGAAUUCACAGUUCCCUGGGCAUGGGGGAAAAGUGCUAUUUCUACAUGGGCCAGAAAGUCUUUCUGCCUAAAAUACGUCAUAGUUAUAACUGAGUAUAUGUUGCUCUUUGCAAAACGUUUUAAACACAGAAGUAGCAUUUGUGUAGAAAUGUGUUUCAUCAAGGAAACAUAUAUGUUUCAUCAAGGGUAAUUAUCAUAUUUCAAAAUAUUAUUCCCAUUUUUCUUCAUGACUUCGUGAAGCAAUCGAUGGCAUAAUCUGUAGUAUCCAAAGACAGAGAAAAAGUUAAGUGACAGCAGAAAAGGAUUUAACACUGUCAAGAAAAAAAAUCUAGGAAAAUGCUAUUCGCCAAUAUCAAACUGUAGCUUACAUUUCAAGCAUUGUGAUUUCCUUUUCCGGAGCUUGCAGUUUUUAUUUUUGCCAGAAUUAGAAGUGUAGCAUGGCAUUUUAAUUCCAGGGUUUUUUUUCUGAAAAUUAAAAUUACAGUUCUUGAUCUUUUUUAGCUAAGAAAAUAAUUUGCAAAGGAACGUGAUGACUUUGAGAAACUUAGCUUUAGGAUAAAAUCCCGUCAGUUUUAGUUCUUAUAAGUGAUUAUUGCUUUAUCUUAAUGGAUUCAUGUGUUCGUGAGAGAAGAUGCAUUUAACGAUCCCUGCCUGCAGAGUAGGAAUCUCCCACUUUUGGAAUGCUUCCAGGGACCAGUGACAUUUCAUUCCUUCCUACUGAUAUCAUGCUGGGGUUUUUUCCAUGUUGGGUCUUUUUUCAAUCACCUCUAAAGAACACAAAGCUUUAAAGUCUCUGUGUCACCUUUCAGUCUGAGAAUACUGUCUCAAUAUGUAUUAUUGAUAAAUGCCACUUUUGUGGAUUAAAUGCCUCAGAAUGUCACAUGCAUUUUUUUGAUUGUCUAAAAAUGAUUGACUGAAUAUUAUUUUUCAUUGAAGUUCAGUUAUUUAUGAAGAAGCUGUGAGACUCAGUUGCAUUGAAAUUUCCAGACUAGAACCUGGAAUUCUGUUAGUGUUUUCAAUCUUAGACAGUUAAUGACAAUCAAAACAUUAAUACAAUAUAAAAGUACAGAACUUUUUACUCAGUAUUUAUAGUUUAGUUACAUUUUAAACCGCUCCUGUCUUUUUAGUCAGCAAUUAGAAGUGUCACCAACUCCUUCAGAUAUCUGUUCCACUCAUACUCACCUUGGUGAAUGUUAAAUUAGACGUGUGGUGCAGAGCGAUGUCUUUAAAACUUGUUAACAAAUUAUUAAUUUCUCCCCUUUUGAAUGGAUAAGGAGUGAAAAUAGCAAAUCAUCUUAAUGGAUAUGUAGUAGACUUAAUAAUAUAAUACUUAUUUUUAAUAUUAGAUUUUAAAAUGCUGACCUUGGCCUUUUCAAAACAUAAAUUAAUGUACAAUUAAAUUUUGUAUGAAAAAAAAAAUCUGAAACUUCUCUAGAGAAAUGUAUACAAUUUUUUCAUCUUCGUUGCUCUUCCUUCUUCAUAGGUACAUAAAUCAUGGUGUAAAAUAUCAGCUCUUAACUAUUUUUUAAAAUCCUGUUAUCCAGUAAGACAUACUAUGCAAGUUGGGAGAAGACCAAGUGACAAACGUAAUGUUCCACUGAAGAACAAUUUAUUUCUCAUAAGAUACCUGCUAAGAAGUAUUAAGAACUAUUUUUUUUUAAUUGUGAAAGGGUGUCAUAGCACAUCUGUAUUGUGCUGUCAGAUGAAGCAGACAGAAUGUUUUACAAUUGUUUGUAAAUACCAAAGUACCAAAAAAAGGUUGUUGAGUUUAGACUUAUUGCCAGCUAUGCUGGUAGAGCAGAGAACAGUACUUGUACUUUUUAAGUGGCUCAUGUAAGUUUGGCGUCCUUCGUGCUGGAAACAGUGUCGAGCUUCAGUCCUGUUACAAGUGUUUGGAUGUGUUUACUGUCAGGCAGGCACAGCCAUAAUGUGUUUUUUCUGACAAGGUGAUGACUUAGCUAUAUGUGAUACUUAUGUGUACUCAAUACUUUCGCAAAACAACAUCCCCUAGGCUUUUUAAAAGUCACACGUGUAUGUAUGUGUAUUUUUAUCUUACUAUUAUAAAGUGAUCAAGCAGUUUGGUCUAAGCCUUUUCUGGUGUCUUUCUGUACCCUUAUCCAGGUGUUUGUGCUCCAUUCUUAUUACACACAUUCUCCCUUUUUUAAUAAAUUUUCCUUGGUUAUUCACUAAGAAUUAAUUGUACAUCUUCCACCAUUCUCAACUUUCAUCGGCGCAUUUAAACUUCUGUAACCAUUUUAUCUAUCAGCUGUAGCAGCUAAGGCUGUUUUGAUUGUUGGUUUAGCAAAAUCUCAGCAGAAGCGUUUAUGAAUAUAUGUACAUUAUAUGUUCUGAUCAGACCAUUCACAAACAAAAGUUCAUCUCUGCUCAAAGUUCAUUUCACAAUUCUGCUUCUUGUUUUGCUCCUUCAAAUUGGGUGGAAUGGAUGUGAACACCAUUUAUAGGAGGCGGAUUGCAGUGAUUGAUUUUAGUGUAUGCUAUAUGAGAUAUUCUGAAAAAGUCUGUCCUGGAUGGUUUUGGUCUGCUAUAUGAAUUUAACAUGCUGUAUUUGCAGUCUCUUAGUAUAAUCUGGGAUUAAACAUAUAUCUAGGUUAUUAAACUGAUACUCAAAAGGGCACCUGGACUUGCCAAAGGAAAAGUAUAAGCAAAUAAAUGACUCAUUUCAAUUUCUUCUACGUACAGAAUUGUAAGAACAUUUAAGAAGUAUUGUUGAUGGUGCCAACUAAAAGAAAAUCAUCAAAAAUUUAUGUCUUUAACUAUCUUUGGAAAGGGAUCAUUAGCAUUGGUGAAGUAAAACAAUUCCUCUAGAAAAUCGGUGAGUGAUUUUGGCAGCUGUUCACAUGGUGUUGAUGUCAGUUAAACAUCUUCUUGUAGCUUUUUACCAAUAGCUUAGAUACGACUAAGAGGAAUGUGUGUAUAUCUCAUAUCACGACUAUGGACUUAUCAGACUUCUCAGUGUGGUUACCUGGCAUCUGUGACAACAAGCUCAUUGUGUCCUAGGCUCCUCUGUCCCUUAUCGUCUUGGGAAGAGGACAGUGUUAAAUCGGGCAAGGAGUUGGAACUAGAUAAUCUUUAAGGUCCCUUCCAACCCAAACCAUUUUAUGAUUCUAAAACAGAGGAGUCUUGUAAACAGCAGAACUAACGAGGUUUGGGUCCUUAUUAGUGGAUUCUGUGACAGACUAUAAUACUCUUCCCUUAGAGCUCCCAGGUGGUCCCUGAUUUCAUCCACCAUAAUGAACAAAAUGAGCUUACUGUCCGUAAGGCUGCUCUGUGGCCACACAUAGGCUGGCCGUUGCUUGCUACUUAGCUUUCAAGCACACAGAAUGCCCUGCCCCUCAACUGGAGAUCUGCACAGAUAGCUCUGAGAGGUACAUAUAUGUCCCCCAGUCGUGUAUUAUAUGGGGUUGAUAUUAAUAACUGUGAAGUUUUUAUGGCAUUUCACUGUAAUGGUCAACUGGCCCCUUGUUUGAGGUGGCUUUCAAGCAAAAAAAACCUUAGGGCAAGCGUAUUAAGGGAGUUUAGCUUUGGAAUUGUUUUGGAUUCUCUUUGGGGUUUUUUUGUUGUUUUAGAAAACCAGGCUAAUAGCUAAUGGGGCAUUUGUGAGUGUAAGAUGUGUAAACAUCCAGGAUGUGAGCAGGGGAGCUUUGUCAAGUGGUAUAUGAUUGGGUCACGUACAGCAGUGCUCAGGAUUUCAUGUGUCAUGUUACUGGAAGGAUGUUGCUCUACAGCACAGCCAUAUGCUAAGAAACAAAAAUAGGAGUUCCCAACUCUAAUGGACCACCUGCUGGAGUUUGGUUUGUGCUAAUCCAUAUAAAGACAGGCUUUGAAAUUGGAAUCCCGUGGAGUUAAUAGAGCAAAUAAAAGGAGGCUUGUAGCCCAACUUUCCUGAUCUACAGACCUAUGCAACAUAUGUCUGCACCCUCUAUGUUUUCUACCCUUUUGUCAGUAACUUGAUCAAAUAUUUAUUAAAAAACCUCUAUUGAUUAAUUCAUAUAGCUUUGUAGAAGAAAGUAUGAAAUAAUUAUAAAUGCUAGUUGGCCUCGUUUAACACACCAAGUUUUAGCUGAAUUGUUAAGAUAGUUUGGAGGGCUCUAAAAUCAUUAACAGAUUCAGUAGAGUGGUAAAUUAGUACCAAAAUUACCAUAUAAAUCAGGAAUUGGCUACACGAAAGAUGAGAAUUGAAUUUUUUUAAUAUGUAUUUUCUUAAUGGAGGCAAGGAUGAAUUAGGCUAAGUCAUAGCACGAUAUUCAUUACUACAUUACUGAAUGGUGGACAAAAAUAUUAAAGAUAGCUGCUGAAUUUUGCUUUUAAUAAAACAAUGAGACACUGCUAUUAGAGAUUAGAAUUAGGAUGCACUAGAUGUCCUGCAAACUGGAGUAGUGAGACGAUGAGAUCUUAACCAUAAUAUUGUACAACACAUCUGAUAUCAGUGAAGAAAAUUUAAGAUCAAACUAGAGUGGAUGAAGAGAAAACUGCAAGAAAUAGGAAGGAAAAACAAAAAUUCAGUCUUAUAAAUGGACCUUGGAAAAUUUGACAAUUAUUCACUCUAAUGAAAGUUGAGAGAAGAUAUCAAUGCUCUUGAUAAUUAAAAGAGUGAAGAAAUAUACAACAGAAAAUUAAGUCAAAUUACAGUUUAACAGAAGAACAAAUAUAUGUAAGCAUUAAUAAAUUGAUUCUGUAAUUAAGAAAUUUUCAGUCUCGACACCAGUGUACUGGGAUAGUCUUUUUUUGUGGUAAUAGUGUGGUAAAAGAAAACUUUCUGGAACUUAGACUGCUUUUAUGAAAGUGAUUAUAUGAUGUUUUUUGCCUAAAAUAGCAGAGAUGGACUUGAUGACAGUAGAUGUCGCUGUGGUCAUUAUACAAAGAUAAAUAUUACUGAAAUUGGUAAUUUUACCUACUGAAAAAAAGUUGUAGGUUGAAGCUUGUUAUAGAAAUUACAUAUAAAAGGAGAAAGAUGCCUACUAUCUAUUUUCAGUUCCAGAAUUUUGUGAAAAGGUUUUGUUUAGAAGAAAUGUUACUUUAUGAUUUAUUGAAGUUGGGGUUUAUGAGGCCAUACAUUAUCAGAAUAAAUGGUGGUCUUGUUCUUCUGUAUUUUCCUAGUUCCUCAGGCUUAGAAUGGAAAGAGUGAAUACGUGAGAUUGUCUGGCCAUGGGAAGGAGAAGAUGCCUGCUGCACGGGUGCCAGUGCUGGCAGCAAGAUCACUGGAUCUCUUCUAUUCCAGGAGACAUGGAGGUCUAUUUGUGGUUGGAGCUACCUGACUAGAUAAAGUAUAGAUCAGUCUGCUGUGAAAGUACCUCCCAUGAGGAAGACUGCCUGAUGCUUUAGUUUGCUCUGAUUGUAUCAUGUUAUCAGAUAAGCCUUUUCAUGAAAUCAAAAACCAAACCCAGUAUUCUGGUUUCUGAGCUUGGCUUGGAAUUUUUUUAUCCCCUUGUCACUUCAGGAAUAGAUUGAAGAAAACAUGGCCAAUCAACGGGAUUACAUUAGCAGACCUAUUUGCAAUGGGAUUUCUGUUCCUGAAAAUAAAAUCAAUUCCUUAGUGGCUGAAGGUCAUGGACAACAGAUUCUAAAAGUACUGCAAAAGUUCAGAGAACAAAAUAUAUUUUUUGAUUUUAAAAUUGUUGUGAAAGAUGAAAUAAUUCCCUGUCAUCGUUGUGUACUGGCAGCAUGCAGUGAUUUUUUCAGAGCCAUGUUUGAAGUUAAUAUGAAAGAACGAGAUGAUGGCAAUGUUACUAUUAGUAAUCUAUCACCCAAGGCAGUGAAAGCUUUUCUUGAUUACGCUUACACAGGAAAAACAGAGAUAACAAAUGAUAAUGUGGAAAUGCUCUUCCAACUGUCAUCAUUUCUUCAAGUUUCAAUCCUUUCCAAAGCUUGCAGUGACUUUCUAAUAAAAAGUAUUGAUCUUGUGAAUUGCCUACAGUUGCUUUCUCUAUCAGAAAGUUAUGGGUCCAUCCGCUUGUUUGAUCAUGCGCUAGAUUUUGUACAGCACCACUUUUCAUUGCUGCUCAGAUCAAGUGAUUUUUUGGAGAUGAAUUUUGAAAUAUUACAAAAAUGUCUUGAGGCUGAUGAGCUAAAUGUCCCUGAGGAAGAAUCAGUGUUGAAAGCUGUCCUCCAGUGGACCAAACACAACUUAGAAACACGGCAGAAAUACCUGCCUAAUUUGAUUAAAAAAGUGAGACUACACCAGUUACCUGAAAAGACUUUGCAGGACUUUCUGCAUUCUGAAGAACACUUACUUAAGAGUGCUAAUUGCUCAGUAAUAAUCAGUGAUGCAGUUAAAAGCGUGCAAAACUUCAGUGGACUGUUUCCAGAUGCACGUCCUUCAACAACAGAAAAAUAUAUAUUUGUUCAUAAAACUGAUGAAGAUGGAGAAAACAGACAUACAUUCUGCUAUAACAUCAAAACAGAUAAAUGGAAGGAACUACCACAUACACACAUGAUUGAUCUACCAGGGUCAAGUUUAUCUAGCUAUGGAGAAAAAAUAUUUAUAACCGGAGGAUGCAAGGGGAAUUGUUACAGGACUGUCAGGCUUCAUAUUGCUGAACCGUUUCAUGAUGCCACUGACCAAACCUGGUGCUACUGCCCAGUCAGCAAUGAAUUCUCCAUAGUGUCAGCUAUGAAAAAACCAAGGACAAUGCACACAUCUGUUGUAACCUUAAAUCAGCUCUUUGUAAUAGGUGGAAAGACCAGAGGAGCUCAAGAAACUCGAAGUCUUUUGGAUGUGGAGUCCUAUAAUCCUCUUUCCAAAGACUGGAAAUCUGUAAGUCAAUUACCAAGAGGUAUCUACUAUCCAGAAGCAAGUGCAUGUCAGAACAUAAUUUAUGUCCUUGGCUCAGAAGUAGAGAUUACUGAUGCCUUUAAUCCAUCUCUUGACUGUUUCUUUAAGUAUAAUGCCAUGACUGAUCAGUGGUCUGAGCUUGUAGCAGAAUUUGGGCAGUUUUUCCAUGCAACUCUAAUCAAAGCUGUUCCAGUGAACUGCACAUUGUACAUAUGUGAUCUCUCCACUUACAAGGUCUACAGUUUUUGCCCAGAAACCUGUGUUUGGAAAGGGGAAGGAUCUUUUGAAUGCGCUGGCUUUAAUGCAGGGGCAGUUGGGACAGAAGACAAAAUUUAUAUACUAGGUGGUGAUUAUGCUCCAGAAGAAAUCACAGAUGAAGUUCAAGUUUACCAUAGUAGUAGGUCUGAGUGGGAAGAAGUUUCACCAAUGCCAAGAGCCUUAACUGAGUUUUACUGUCAGGUCAUUCAAUUUAAUAAAUAUAGGGACCCUUGGUCACCUGUACUGACAAUUUGCUCUGGAGAAUUUUGAAACUCCUGAAUCAACAGAAUCUAUUUAAAUGCACAAGUUUUAGAACAGAUUUUUAAGUAUUCAUUUACAGAUGGAGAAAUAUGUACCUGUUUGUUUAAAUCUUCAGUUUAAAUUGUAUGUUGUAGGAUUGCUUUUGGAAGAGUCCAUUAACAUGUCAUUCAUGCUAGUUAUUAUACAGAAAGUAUUAAUUUUAUAUACAACUCUUCUCUGUAAUUAAUAAUUUUGAAAAUUAUGUUACUUUUCAAAAAAGAAUAGUCAUGAGGAAUUCAUUGUGUAAUAUGUGCCAUUAUGUCUGUAAUAUUCGCAGUUGUCCCAGUAGAGAAAUUUCUAAAUGAGAAAAUUGACUGUGAUAGUGUUUGCCCUAUGUAACUUAAGUUAAAAAGAAAUCUACAUUAGUUGUUGUUUUAUUUAGAUUUUUUAUAUUCAUAAAACUGUAAGAGGAAUUAAUUGUCAACUUUAUCGUAUCAGAAUGACCUUAGCAAGGGCAAGAGCCAAAGUGACCUUCACAGCAUUAAAACCAGGUAUCUAACUUGAAGAGACUGAUAAUUGCUAUCAUCUUACUUCAGCUCUUCAGUUUUACCCGUUUUUCUCCAUCCUUGUGCCUUAGUAGUAGCUCUAUGUUCUGUUUCCAUCCCAUUACCUGUAGCAAGAUAAACUUCAAUAACAUACUGCAGAGUGGGCAAGAUUUCUACAGGAUGGAUGAUUCAUGUGAUAUCUUUGUUUCAGUCAUGUUGUUAACUAAAGAAAAAACCCUUCAGGAUGUUUUCUAACAGAAGUCUUCCAUCUCUGAAGUCUCCAAUGCUACCUACUAAGCAGUCACCAGGCUGCUUAUAGCAGCAAGCUGUAAAAUACAUUGUAGUUGUUGCUUUGGUUAACUAUGGGAGAAGUUUGUGUCUUGUCAUACAUCAAAUACAAAGUUACAAAACUACACCUGUAUUAAAAGUCAAAGUAAAUAGUAUUUCUGAGGUGAAAAAUCUUCUGGAGUGGUUUAAAUGAAUUAAAACACUUGUACUUCAUGGUCAUUUUAAGUGUUAAAAUAUUACAUAGUAAACACUACAUAAUAUAUUGCUUGAUAAACUUUCAGUAGUCAUCUAUUAUAAUGUUAAAAUUGUAAUGGACUUGUAGUAUUAAUAUUAAUCUAGGCAUACAUCGUGAAGUAAAUUUGAUCUCAUGCUUACAAAGGGGGCCCUCUUUCUGACAGGAGAACAGUGAAAUUAGCUAGGUUUCAUAAAUUCAUUUGUAAUCUUGUACAGCCUGAGAAUUUUGUUUUUGUACUAGGUACUCAAAUAAGACACUGAGAGCCCUUAUGUUCCUUAUAAAUAUCAGGUAAGCAGUAAGGUUGUCCUGUGCCAGACAGAAUGGUUCUAAACAUCUAAGCAUACCUUUUCCAAGCAGUUUAAAAAUUAAUAAAGUUUAGUGAGGAUCUGAAACAUCUCUCAUAUGACUUGAGACGACUGUGCCAAGUUCAUUAUCACAUCACUGCUGCAUGUACUUUUUGCAAAACUCAAGCUCAAUAUUAAUGCUUAAAGCUUAAUAUUGCCUAGAACAUACUUUUGUUUUAAACAGUAAACAAUGGAAUUCUGUGAUUAAUUCUAUAAUUUGUUAUCACAUACCUUUAUAAAUUUACAUAACAUUCAUUUUAACUAUUUUCAUAAGUACAUAAAUUAAAGUUAUUCAGAUUUGGAGAACAUAUUAAUAGAGAAGAACCCUUCCACUCAAUAAUACAUUUGUAUUAAGAUGUGUGUCAGUUCUGUAGAAGUAAAUAGCUGCUUGUUACAAUAUUUCAGGCAACUUCCACAUUUAUUUGGCUUUUUGCAUAGUAAGUCUCCAAAUCAUAUUGUAACUACAAUUAGCUAGGUAACCUCUACAAUCAUCUUAGAGAAAUGUAAAUAUUUUUAUAUUGGAACACAACUUUUUAUUAGUACAAAGCAAAUGUAUUGAGUAGUAUUGAGUAGAGAGAGGAAGAAUACUAUUCCUGCUUACUGAAACUCUAGGAGAAAAAUAAGACACAUAGGAGAAGAGUAGUGUUAGUAUUAAUAAAAGCUACUCAGCACAGCUUAGAGACUUCACUGACCGUUAAUUAUUGCAGCUUGUCACAUCAGAAUAUAAGGCCCAGUUCUCUUUUGCUUGUUUAUUUGUGUUGGUUUUAUACCUGAGUACUGUGAGUAUGCAGUUUAUGCAAUGACAGAAGUAACAUACUAUACCCAUAGUACAUGGGUAUAAAUAGCUAUGCAAAUUGGAAGAGACUAGAGAAUUGCAAGGGUUUUUUAAUUGCCACUGUCAUGACCAAAUUGCUGGAUCACAUAAACAGCGAGUGAGUCAGUCAGUAAUUCAGGUAAUAUUCUUUCCCCCAAGUUUUUUGUUACAGCAGCUUUUUUUGGCAGUCUUCCAUCCAGCUACUUGCUAUAUGUAUUAAGACUCUAGCAUAGGACAUCAGACAGAGCAAUGACAUAUGAGAUAAAUUAGUGUAGAUAGUGAAAACUGAAUGAAGCUUAAUUGGGAAAAUAGACAUGCUUCUUUAAUAUUCUACGCUACACUUGCACAGGAACUAAUGUCAGUUCCCAGUUUGACAGGUCAUUCAUUUACUCAGUGAUCAGGAAAUAGAGUAGUAGUGUCAAUUACUUUCUAGCAUUGCUUACAGAAAAGUUACUGUGAAAUAAGACUGGUUUUCUUCAGUUAGGCAGGGAAGCCUGUACUACAGAUCUCACAAAAGGAAAGAAGGUCAUUUGCCACAAUUCCACAGACAAAGUAUUAAAUCUGGUAGCAGAAUUGAAUGCAGAAGAAGCUGUGUUAGAAAGUUAUGGUUAAAAAUAAGGCUUUCUGAUAGAAUUAAAAGCCUAUAUUCCAAACCCUGUGAUUGAUUGCUAAAGAUGUAAGAAAUCUCAAUGAACUCAGCUACACUGACUAAUAUGGAUUAUUUGCAUGAAUAACUGCUGUAGGUCUGGAUCAAAUAGACUUUUCAUUCUACUUUACACAGCUGUUAUGCAAUUUAAAAAAGGUCAGAAAGUCAGUACAAAGCGAGUUUUUCUACAUCUUUUCUGAUUUUUCAAAGCUCACAGUACUUUAUGAAAAAGUACCUUCCUUAAAAAAUAGUUGAUGACUAAUGAUUACCAAUGUUCUCACUGAAAUAGAGUAAGAUGUUUAAAACAAAUUGCAUGUUAAGUUAUAAUUACUAUUUGCACUUAAACGAUGUAACCAAAACAUUUCUAAUAGUAUUCUAUUUUAUGUCACAGAACACAUUAUAAGCAUGACCAGUAUAAUAUACAUGGAGAUAAUAUAUAUUAUAUGUGGGAUUUUAAUAUCCAGUGAUGAUUAUAUUGGAUAAUCUUAAUUUUUAAAGAAUGCUAUCAAAACAUUUAGCACUUUGAUAAUGUUAUCACACUGGUUUAGUUGUUAAAAUAAAUAUCAAUUAUUCAGGUGUUGAUUAUGUUUGCACAGACCUGAUGAUUAUUAUUUAUUUACUAAUUUUUGGUUUUCUAUAUUCAAAAUACAUUUUUAGUAAGUCAGUUUAUUGCUGUUAAAAAUUUAUUAUAUGCACUAAAUGGAGUAGAUUUACCAGGUCAGAUUUAUUUACGGUAUUACUCCAUGAAGAAAGCUGUUUACCUCCUCUGGUUAGUAUUAGGUAGUAGGCAAAGUAUAGGCUGUAGAACGUGCUGACUGCACUUUGUAAUGUGGAGUGUAAUUGUAGAUGUUUCUGUUUGUAGGUGACCAACAGGAGGCAGCAUAAGAUCUAUUUUAAUUAAAACAGCCUGAAAACAAGGAUGUAUUUCACAUUAUUUAUACUUGACCAUUAUGCUCAAUUUACUUUUUUUUCCUUCUAACAUCCAAAAAAGCCUAGAGAUCACUAAUAUUUUGCUGCUGCCUGGGCUCUGCUGAUAUGUGGAAAGUAUGAUACUAUAUGUUUGCCAAGAUGUUCGUUCUUUUGUGAAUAAAAGCACUGAGCAACCAAA